UCGGCCUAGUAAAAUCCCAUCCACGACGAUCGAAUGUACGCUUGUCACGAAAUGUCAUCACCACGGAGUCCGAAGUGCGGUUGCUGAAGCAUGGCGAAUGUCAAAUCCCGCACUUUCUCCAACCGAACAAUGCGGAACUGGGAUUGAUGCGUGCUGAGCGUGAGAACAAGCCUGCCGUCUCCCCUGCUUGCAUCCUGCCCCGCCUCGCCUCCUCCCUUUCAUGCGGUACAUGGAUAACACACCCUUUCCCCCACACAAUGCAACCCCGUGCGCGGAGGGCAACAGCUGGUGCAAGAGUAUGUGACCAGUGCAUCAGACGGAAAACGAAGUGUGAUCUUGCACGACCGAAGAAAACCCGGACCGUCAGGGCGGAAACGAACUGCCACAGACGCGGACACCGUUCACCUUGUCACAGAUAAUGCAAGAGACCAACAUUCUCCGAACGACCAGCUACCGUCACCACUAAGUGCUGUCGUUAACAACCA